AUGCUGGAGGUGCUGCACUGUCGCGCGCUGCUAGAGGAGGGCUUCGUGAGCCACUGGGACCCGGCGGGCAGCGCCAAGCACCUCGUGGAUGUGGCCGUUCGGGCCGGGGUGGCCUCCAAGGACACCACCCUCCUGCUGCUGCACGAGGCGCAGCAGUUCUUGGACAACGGCGUGCCGUGCCCUGAGGACCAUCCGGGGCACGCCAAGUGGAAGGAGCUCGAGAAAAAAGGCAGGGAGGGCGGCGAGGCGGACAAGCGGGCGGCACAGGAGGGGCGAAUCCGGGAGCUGGAGGGCUACGUGAAGCUGUACCAAGAGCUGGGUGAGUUCGAGCGCCCUGAGGAGGCCAAGGACAAGUGCAAGAAGAGAAAGAAAGCGGGGAGGGAUCCGUUCGCAGAGUCGGGUGCGUGGGCAGAUGAAGAGGACGACGGUGUGUCAGAAUCAGGGUCGGACGAUGGUGAGGGAUAUGGGGGAUCUCAGGAUUACUUGCAGGACUUGUGUUACGUUGAGGCAUGCGAGGACAGUCUUGAAGAAGAAGAAGAAGAAGAGGACGAUGACUGCGACAUGGGUUUCUCUUUGUUUGACGGCUCGUCGUCAGUUGGGGGCGCCAGAGAUGGGCCUAGUGAACGCCCACGCCCCAGCGGUGCGCCUCCUGCGGGAAGCGGCCGAAUUCCACUCUCCGCACCGUGUUCUGCAAUGAGGAAAGAGUCACCCUGCCAGGCUCCUCCUCCAGCCCUGGGCGGCGUGGUCGUCGCGAAACCGCUGACAGGGGAGGAGUACUUGAACGAAAUCAAGGAGGCAUUCGGGAGCGAAUGCAGCCCGGAAGAGAAGUUGGAAAAGGCGUACUGGCAGUACAUGCAGCAGCGCAAGGAACACGAGGACCGGCCGUCAUUCUACGUCUACGCGGCGGAUUGUUUCCGCGAACAUGGCGCCGACGCCGGCCUGUGCGUCAACAUCAUCUCCAACGUGCUGGAGAUGCAGCUGCGCGACGCGCAGACGUCCCGCGUCGUCGCCUACCACAUGAUCAGCCACCGGAAGUGGGACGACGCCGUGUGCCUCCUGGAGGCCGUGGAGGAGAUGGCGCCCGAGGAGCCCCAAUCCCACCUGGACAUCGCCUGGUGCAGGUUCAUGCGCGUGCGCCAGGAUCCCGGGGCGUGUGCCGACCUCGGGGCCGAGCUGCGCUGCGUGAUCGCCAAGCUCGUCAAGGUGGCCAAGGGCCAGUGGCCGGAAAGGUUUUCGCAGAUCGAGUGGCCGGCGCUGCUGCUGCUGUCCUGGGUGGUCGACUGGGCAGACCGGGAGUGCCCCGGGGAGGGCGAGACGCACUGGCCGGAGGGCGACCUGCCUUCCAAGUGCCGCAUAGAGGGGAUACGGCUGGCGUUGCUGGUGUGGAUGGGGUGGGACACCGACCACACGGACAUCGACCUGCACGUGCGGGAGCCCGACCAGCGGGAGGUGUAUUACGGCCGCAACAGGAGCGACUUCACGGGCGCCCACCUCAGCAAAGAUUUCACUCAGGGCUACGGGCCGGAGGUGUAUAUUCUGCGCAAGGGCGUGGAGGGGCAGUACGUGGUCUCCGCGAACUACUUCGCCAGCCACCAGGCCUCGAUGACGACCGGCGGGACGUCUGCCGUUCUGUGGACCGUCAAGAACCUUGGGUCGGCUGCGGAGGAGGAGGUGGAGUUCAAGUCCGCCCGCCUCACGUCCAACAAGCAGAAAGAAGCCGUGUUGACAGUCAACCUGCCAAGGUCGCAGGCGGGCGAUUGA